CUCCUCCUCCCCUACCUAAACCCCUGCUCUCCCUCUCACCUCGCACCCCCUUGACAAUGUUACCAUGCAUUAACUGGCUUCAGCCUUUCCUUGCCUUGCUUUCCUCCACCUUGCUCACUCGGGGCCACAACUGUCCGUCCAGCUGCCUGUGUCCGGACCACCACACCGUGGACUGCCAGGGCCAAGGUCUCACCAGCCUCCCUAGCCCCAUCCCCCUGGACGUCCGGCGCCUCCUGCUCUCCGACAACUGGAUUCCCUGGAUCCCCUCGGACUUCCUGGUUCUGUACAGCGAUCUGGUCUACCUGGACCUGAGGAAUAACUCCCUGUCGGUGCUGGAGCCCGGCACCCUCAGCACCUCAUCUCGCCUAGUCUUCCUGGACCUGGGUAGCAACAACCUGACAGAGAUCCAGUCAGGGACCUUUGUGGAGUCCCGGAGCCUGAUCAAGCUGCGUCUGGGGAACAACCCCUACCUUAGCCUGGUGGAAGAGGAUGCUUUCCUGGGGCUAACCUCGCUGCGGGAGCUGGAGCUGGAGAGGAACGGCCUGCAGGGGCUGGAUGUGGGGGUGCUGGAGCCCCUAACCUCACUCCGGGUGCUGCGCCUGGAGGGCAACCCCUGGGUGUGCAACUGUCACUUUGCCAAACUUUUUGUGUGGCUCACGGAGAACUGCCACAAGCUUCCAAUGGGUAUGGAGGGGUUGCAGUGUUCCCUCCCCAUGGAUGGGAGACUUAUGUCCCUGAGCCUGCUCUCUGAGGCCAGUUUCCGGGAGUGCCGGGGCUACCUCUCUCUUACGGACAUCCUCAUUGUCAUCUUUUCGGGCAUCUCAGUCUCUGUGGUGGCCAUUAUAGCCAGCUUCUUCCUGGCCUCCAUGGUCCACUGCUUCCAGCGACUGGGCAAAGCUGGUCAGGCGGACGAGGAGGAGGGCAACGACUGAGGUGAAGAAAAAGCAUGAUCUGGGACCAGAUUCAGUAUCACUGCAGACAUAGCAGACCCGACUAGGUGCCUCGUAAGAGUGCCAGGAAGAAGGGCAGGACAAUGGGAGAGCAAGGCAUGGACAACAAGGAGGGAGUAUAUGGCCUAGGAAUUGUGCAAGAAAGCUCUUACCAUGUGAAUUCCUGUGCGCUGCAUUGGUGGCAGUCAGCAGCACACCAGGAGGGGUUAAACCAUGUUCGGAAAGAUUGUGUUAAAUAACCUUGAAUGAUACACGUUUUCUUAUCACUGAAGUACGAAAUGUACUACACUCUUAGAAAAA